ACCUAUAUAAACCUAAUAUUUUCCCACUUACUAUGCCAUUUUGCUCCGCAGCAUCUUCUUUUAACCCUCACACCCCAGAAGACGUAGAAAUCAACUCCGAGAGAUCACCCAAUGGCACCGAAGAAGGAGAAGGCUCCUCCUCCGUCCUCCAAGCCCGCUAAGUCCGGCGGAGGCAAGCAGAAGAAGAAGAAAUGGAGCAAGGGUAAGCAAAAGGAGAAGGUGAACAACAUGGUUCUGUUUGAUCAGGCAACUUAUGACAAGCUUCUUGUUGAAGCUCCCAAGUACAAGCUUGUCACUCCUUCAAUCUUGUCUGAUCGCAUGAGGAUUAGUGGAUCUCUAGCACGCAGGGCAAUUAAGGAUUUGAUGGCAAGGGGUGCGAUCAGGAUGAUCUCUUCUCAUUCCAGUCAGCAAAUCUAUACUAGGGCCACCAACACCUAAAUGAUAGAAUUUUGUUCUCCAGUUGAAUAUGGAAAGCUAGUUGUUCCAUUUAACUUUGCUUUUUAAAUUUUUGUUGGAGAGCUUUUAUCGUCAUUUGCAGUUUGAAUGUUUAAUUUCUUUUGUACUUCAUACUCAGUUUAAUUUUCCAUGGAAGUAACAUUAUAAGCAGUUUCCCAGUUUCUAUUUUUGUUAUGAGAUCUUCAAUGUUCUA